UUUCACUCAUUCUUUGGCACUACUUCCCUGGGUAAGUGGUGCUGGAGGAAUCUGAAGUAUGUCCCUCUGGCCUUUUACCUCCCCACUGAUAUGUGCCUGGCCACGCCUGUGGAUCAGUGUUUACAGGCAACCCAUUUACUGGACACAAAGCCCAGGAAGGACUCUCAGAGGCAACCUGGCAACCAACCCAAGACCUCCCUUCCACAGAGUGGCAACUGUCACAGACUCCAGGGCGGGCUCUGGCACUGGAGUCCAGGGAGGGACAGUCAAUCUCUUACUUACUCUUCUCUUGUCUUGAGGCACCAUGACCCCUGAGGGGACUCUUUGCUGCAUGUAACCAAGGGCCAAGGCAGAGUGGGACUUCAACCUCGCACUUCUCGGUGGCCUUUUAUACAGUUGUUAGGAUGCUAGACUCCUCCGUGGCAGAUCAGAUGACCCGGCUGACAUUGCAAGUCCUGGAACAGAUGCUGGAACAGGAACGUGAAAGCAUGGACAGAGCAGGACAGCAGGAAAAGCCAGACACUGCCUUGCAGAGUGCUUUGAGGAGAAGGAGAGACCUUCUGCAGAAACUCUGGGAACAGCAGCUGAUGAAUGAGCACUCCCCGGCCCAUGCCUGGAGGAGGACACAGGAGAGGACCACGGUGCCAGCCCUGAACCCAGAGUUGCCUCCCGUGAAUGCCUUCCCUGCUGCCUCCCCACCUUUGCCCCAACCACCAGAGCCACCAAGGGUCAUCCAGGCUCCGGUCCCCCAGCCUCCUGCCACCAUCAUUCAGCAGCUACCCCAGCAGCCACUGAUUGCACAGAUUUCUCCUCCUCAGGCCUUUCCCACUCAAAGAUCGGGAAGUAUCAAGGAAGACAUGGUGGAGAUGAUGCUAAUGCAGAAUGCACAGAUGCACCAGAUCCUCAUGCAGAACAUGAUGCUCAAAGCUCUGCCACCUGGGCCCACAGGGCCACGUGCCACGACCCUCCAGGACCAACGAUGGGUGCACCAUGGAGUCUUGCGAGCUGAAAGGCAGAAGCCACCCCCAGUGCACCACCACCACCACUAUGCACCCCCCGCCCAGCUGCAGGCUGCCUCCACAGGCGCCCCUUCGGGAUAUUCGGGGUGGCCUCCAGUGGUUGCAGCCACUGCCCUCCCACAUGCAGCCAGCUUCUUGCCCACUGUGAGCCACCUGACUGAGCCGACUACCUCCCAUGCCAGCUACCCCUAGCACGGAGGUCUAGAGGGAGGAAGCUAGUGUCUUGCAGCAGGUCAGAGGCAAGAUGGUUCCGAGUUGCCAGUUAGCCUGCGUGGACCUUCCCUGUGGCUGACCUGGCUUCCACACAGUGAAGACAGUGAUGAGAUGUCCACGUGGAUGAACAAGACAAGGCAACACCCUCCCCAGGGAGCUUCAGGGUGGUUGACAUCCCCUUCCUACAGAACCACCUUUCAGUGUGCCUUAGGGUAUGAGUUCAGAGAAUCUAGUUUUUGUUAAAAGCAUCAAUUAAAGACCUCGCACAAUU